ACCUGUGGGAAAAGUUUUAACCAAAAAAUUCAUUUAGUCACUCACAUGAGAAUUCACACAGGUGUGAAACCUUUCUCUUGUCAGACCUGUGGAAAAAGUUUUAGUACAAACAACAGUUUAUUCAUGCAUGUAGGAACUCACACAGGUGAGAAGCCCUUCUCAUGUCAGACCUGUGGGAAAAGUUUUAACCAAAAAAGCGGUUUAGUCUAUCACARGACAACUCACACAGGUGAGAAGCCCUUCUCCUGUCAGACCUGUGGGAAAAGGUUUAAUCAAAAGGUCCAUUUAACGUCCCACAUGAAACUUCAUACAGGUGAGAAACCCUUCUCCUGUCAGGCUUGUGGAAAAACAUUUUUUUUCGAAAGUAUCGUUAUUUCUCACAUGAGAACUCACACAGGUGAGCGGCCUUUCUCAUGUCAGACCUGCGGGAAAAGUUUUAACCAAAAAAUUCAUUUAGUCACUCACAUGAGGACUCACACAGGUGAGAGGCCGUUUAUGUGUACGACUUGUGGAAAAAGUUUUAGUCAAAAAGGCAAUUUAAUAAUCCACAUGAGAACUCACACAGUUGAGAAGCCUGAGUGUUUUAAGAGUUCCCAGAACAUGUAAAAAAAUCUACUUUAAUUCAAGUUGACCUUUGUUUAGAAGAGAGCUCUGUUAUCAUCCAGUUAAAUCCCAUUUAUUCCUCUCACCACACUAUUUAAAGACAAACUGAGACAAAGACUGAGUCAGUGUUUAAACUGUGGCUGUCAGAGGUAGUUUGUUAAAAAUGUAGAAACCUCUAGAGGAAAAUGUACACAGAGACAUGAGGUGUUCAGAUAUUUCAGGUUAAUUGUUGAAAUAGUUUCUUUAUGUUGUUUCAAUAACAGAUUAUUUUUGAUGUWCAGUUACAUUGUUGUCUCUUUGUCCUGCAGACUGUAGAAUCUGUAACACGUUUUAUCAACAAGCUGCAGUUAAAACUGUUCAGACUUUGAGUCAAGUCAUUAAUAAAACAUGUUUUUAUCUCAA